GAUAUAUUUGUUCGUCAUCUCUUAUCUUUGUUUAGUAUUGAGUUGUCUCAUCUAUUUCUAUUCGCAUUGCAAUUAAAUAAAAUUUGGUGAAAUUUAUUAAUAGUCCGAUUGUUAUUUAAAGAUAUAAAAUUCAAAGUGGAUUCGGAAGUGGAAGAAAUUAAAAUGAUGGAGGAAAUGAUGGAGACGAUUGUGCCUCAGGAAGACUUUGAUCGUAAUGAGCAAAAGUACCUUCGAGAACUGGAAUUGGAUGGACGUGCAAGUGUAGAAGCAAAAUUUGGAUAUGCCCUUUGUUUGGUCAGAUGUGCACACAAACAAGAUAUCGCUAAGGGCAUUGAGUUGUUGGAAGAUUUAAUGGAACACCAUUCCGAAGGAAGGCGUGAUUAUCUAUAUUAUUUGGCACUGGGAGAAGCGCGUAUGAAAAAUUACGACCGUGCACUUCAAUAUUGUAAGGCUUUCCUAGAAAUAGAGGAAAAUCCCCAAGUUCGCUCAUUAGAGGAGUGCAUUCAAAAGCGUUAUGACAAAGAUUUGAGGAAAGGCAUGGCAGUAGCUGGAGGAGCAGUACUUGUGUUAGGCGGUAUUUUGGGUCUAGGCAUAGCGCUUGCCAAAAAGUAAUGCUUACACAAACAAUAAAAACAGGCGUGAUAAAUAAAUAACUAGCGAGCGGAAAAUACCAGUAAGCUGAAAAAAAGUAUAUGAAGCCAAAUCUUGUUGAAACUAACUGUAUGUUUAAUGCAAUGGGUAGAUGUGGAUUUAAUUCUGGAUCUGAUUUUUAAAAUAUCAUAGAGUAGUAAAGAGUUCUACACAACACAAUAACGAGAGAAUAAGGCACAAAUGAAUGUUCUAUUUAAAAGUUUUCGACAAAGAUGCUUGUGUCAAUCACAACCACUCAGUCUUCUAUCAUAUCGAUUGUCUUCGUCACAUCAACAAAAAUAUUUUAUUUAAGAUUACCGUUUUAAAAUUAGAUGCUGAAGUAUAGAUUUUUUCUACAAUUGGAUUCCAUAUGUAUAUAAAUCAGUAGAGCUAAGCAUAUGAACAUACUCGUACAUACCUCCUAAUUGAUUGACAGAAGAUAAUAGUUAAUAAUGCUAUUAUUCAAAAAUUAUAAAAGACAGAAAAUACAGCUUGAGAAAUGGAAUUCAUAUAAUGAUUAUAUAUACAUACAUCAUCGGCUUUUUAAAUCAAUUCAAAAAAGUAUCGUCUCUGGCAUAUGAAUUACAAUUUUUCAUACUAACUGAUAUGGAUAUAACAAGAGCAUAAGAAAUUUAAAAGGGUUUAUAAUAUUCCACUUAUCAACAUUCUAUAGUUAAAAUUAGAAGUUUACCUUGAUUAAAAGAAGAGAGAAGAGUAUUCAAAAAGGAAAGAUAUUUUAACAGCAUGUUGAAUCAGAAUAAUUAUAAAUUAAGCUGAAAUUUUAAAUUUUGUUUAAAAGAAAGUACUUGGUAUACUAUUUAAAUGAUUUUUUUUUAUGUUUGCUUUGUUUUCUCUUGUACAUGUACUCUAUAGUUAAAAAGUGAUUGUGAUAGUGGUGAGCAGUUUGUUUUUAUUUUUUAUUAAACUUCUAAACUUAUUACGUAAAAUAAUUGCACAUGUUACCAUUAAAAGUAGAUAAUCAAAUUCGUAAAAAUAUAUGUAUAAACAAAUAUAAAUGCAUCCGUUUCCAAAAUUUAAGCGUCAUUAAUAAAUAUCGUUGAAAUUUAA